AUGAGACGGAGCGUCCGUUUAGCAGCUAGGGCGAUUAAUGAAGUUAAAUCUCAGGCUAUUGCGGCUGAACAAAUCUCAGCGCAAACAUCAAGGUCAAACUUCGGCAAAAAAGAGGAUAAACUACCAACAAAAACAAAGAUCAAGAAAUGGAAAUCGACUAAACGACCUCGAGAGAAGAGCACUACGGAUCCGAGUGGAGGUGAAGGAAAGGAUAGUGAGCUUAAACCUUCAGUAAUAAUUGACGAGAACAUAAAACCGAAAAUUAAGCGAGUCAAAACUGAAAAUCACGUCGAGCGGCCUUCUUUGCAGGGGAAGUUUGUCGGAGCGCAUGUAUCAAUUAGUGGUGGACUCCACAAUGCAGUGUCUGAGGCGCUGGAGAUUGGGGCGAAAGCUUUUGGUUUGUUUUUGAGGUCGCAGCGUCAGUGGGUAAGCAAACCCUUGGAAGACAGAGCUGCCGAACGUUUCCGAAAUGCUUGUGCUGAAGCUCAGUUUUCACCACAUGCAAUCCUUCCACACGGUAUCUAUCUUAUGAACUGUGGAUCACCAGAAGAGGAGACGCUGGCCAAAAGUCGUUCGACUCUGGUGGAUGAACUGAAGCGCUGUGAAAGAUUGGGCCUCCUCCUGUACAAUUUCCAUCCUGGUUCUACUUGCGGCAAGAUCACAGUGGAUGAAUGUCUUGACAAGAUAGCAGAGAGCAUAAACCAGGCACACAAGGAAACAAAAUUUGUUGUCACUGUCUUGGAAAAUAUGAGCUGUCAGGGAAAUACAGUGAGUGGAUUUUGUUUUUAUUUG